CGGAGUUGGUCACUUCCGCCGGGGUGUGCGCACUGAAUCCGGGUCAGCUGCUGCCGCGGGGACUGCAGCUGCGACCGGCCGGGAAGCCCUGGGCCCCGUCUCCACCGCCGACCGAGGGCAGCGGGCUCUGCCCGCCGCCGCUUUCUGCGACCUGGCCGUCAGCCCCACGUCGCCGGCCUGGAGGGGCAAAGAGGACGAGGGGGCCGCGGCUUCCUCCGGGGACCUCGGCUGCCUGGAUUGCCAGGAGCUGGAAGUUGACAUUGAAUCCAGGCUGAGGAUGGAAGGUGUGGAGCUGAAAGAAGAAUGGCAGGAUGAAGAUUUUCCAAUACCUUUACCAGAAGAUGACAGUAUUGAAGCAGAUAUACUAGAUGUUACUGGUUCAGACAGCCAACCUGGCUCAUUAGAAGUUAAUGGAAAUAAAGUUCGUAAGAAACUAAUGGCCCCAGACAUCAGCCUGACCCUGGAUCCUAGUGAAGGCUCCGUGUGGUCGGAUGAUUUGGACGAAGGUGGGGAGGUUGACCUGGAAGGCUUAGACACCCCAUCAGAGAACAGUGAUGAGUUUGAGUGGGAAGAUGAUCUUCCCAAACCCAAAACUACUGAAGUCAUUAGGAAAGGCUCAAUUACUGAAUACACAGCCACAGAAGAAAAGGAAGAUGGGCGCCGCUGGCGCAUGUUCAGGAUUGGAGAACAGGAUCACAGGGUGGAUAUGAAGGCGAUCGAACCCUACAAAAAAGUUAUUAGCCAUGGAGGCUAUUACGGGGAUGGUUUAAAUGCCAUUGUUGUGUUUGCUGUCUGUUUUAUGCCUGAAAGUGGUCAGCCUAACUAUAGAUAUCUGAUGGACAAUCUCUUUAAGUAUGUUAUUGGCACUUUAGAGCUGUUGGUAGCAGAGAACUACAUGAUCAUCUACUUAAACGGCGCAACAACUCGAAGGAAAAUGCCCAGUCUGGGCUGGCUCCGGAGAUGCUACCAGCAGAUUGAUCGACGAUUACGGAAAAACCUGAAGUCUCUAAUCAUUGUUCACCCUUCGUGGUUUAUCCGAACCCUUCUGGCUGUUACAAGACCAUUUAUCAGUUCAAAAUUCAGUCAGAAAAUUAGAUACGUCUUUAAUUUGGCAGAGCUCGCAGAGCUUGUUCCCAUGGAGUACGUCGGCAUACCAGAGUGCAUCAGACAGUAUGAAGAAGAAAAGUUUAAAAAGAGACAAAAAAGAGUUGAUCAAGAGCUUAAUGGAAAACAAGAACCACCAAACAGUGAGCAGUAGGUUCAGCAUCCUGUCCAGAUGAGACAAAGAGCGCCAGGGAAGCUCGUAGUGCAUUCAUGGCUCGAGUUUUUAUGUAAUCUGUUACAAAAUUUACUUGACUCCUUUCCAAGUGGACUCUUGUAUAAGGGACUGUUCACUGCUGUAAUGGUUUGCAAUUCUUGAAUUUAGCUCUUUCGUGACUAAUUAUAUUGUAAUCAUUUUAUAUUGCUGAAUAGCAGAGAACUACACUUUAUAUAAAGCAAUUUUUGCAUUUGUUUAUUUGAAUGAUGCAUCUUCAGUAAAAUAUUUAUAUACAUAAAUGACAAAGGAAAGAAAUAAUAUAUAUUUUUUAUGUUGGGGGCAAUAUUUUUUAGUGUGUACCUGUCGUGGAAGAAUACACACAAUUUUAAAUGUAAAGGCAUGUAAGACUUGGUUUGUAAAUGGUUGGAUACAUUUCCUGGGUAACUUAGGCUGAUUUGUCCUAAAGCAGGGACAGUUAAACUGAUGCGGAGUACCUGGGAUCAUGCACAUGAUCUAGUCAGUAGUAGCAGCCCGAGCUUCUCCUCACCUGCAAGCACAUUGCUUCUUAAUGUGGUGGAAGUAUAGGCAGGUGAACAGCUCACUUUCCUCUCGAAAUACGUGUUAGAACCAGAGAUUUUGAGAAGCUAGUAUUUAGGGUGUGUAUAUAUGUAUAUAAGGGACAUUUAUUUUACCCAAAGUCAGAGCUGUUUAAAAAAAGAAAGAGAAAGAAAGAAAGAGAGAGAGAGAAAAAAAAAAGAAAGCUCUUAAGAUGUGUUCACUAAUGUGAAGUGAGUUGUGUCCAUGUGUGUGAUGCUGUGAGGUAUGCAGACUGUGGUCAGUGUUCAUGGUCAGCUGCAUCUGUAGAGCAGAUGGGCUACUAUUGAUGUGCUCUCACGGGGCACUUUUCCAGAGUACUUCCUUGUCAGUUAUUUGACCACAGUACUGUCUGACCUGAGUAGAUAGGUCUUCAUGUAGCUGUUGGGUGGCAUGACAGUGCUAGACAUGGGUCCGUUCUCUAAAUGUUGGAGCACCACUGGUAUGCACUCAGGAUGACAUUUUUUGUACGUAAGUCUUUAUUUCAUGUGGUUAAGUACCUUGACUGAACAUUGAAAUAAAUUUUAUUUGUGCCUCCAAGCAGGGUUUAAUUAUCUACAAAAUAAUUCUCAAAUAACAACUUGGUCUAGUCUUGUGUCAUGAACUUGUCUGGCAUGUACAUAUUUAGUUGAUGUAUCAGCUUCACACCACCCAGGCUUUCCUUUCAGCUGUUUACAAGAGUGACCUAGCACAGCAAAAUUAAAUCAGGUAUAAACUAAACUUAGAAGAUUAUUCCCUCCUGUACUGAACACGGGACCUUUCCUGGUGUCAGUUUUUAGUGUUAAGCUUCUAUUGCAAAAGGGAAUUUUUCUUUACUUCUUUGUCUUUUGCAGGCAUAAAUUUGACCUGCUAAGUUAAAACGAUCACAACCAAGCUGGAGGACUCUGGGUAAAAUAUUGCUCCACAACCUCUCAGCUUGGAUCCAGCUCUCCAAGCAAGGCCUAUGCUAGCUAGUGUCAUUGUAGUAUACUGAGCCAGAACCAUUUGACUUGUGUUAGUGAAGGGAACUUUAGAAGAGCUGUAUAGAGCCAGGCGUGAUGGCAUCCAUCUUUAAUCCCAGCACUUGGGAGGCAAAGGCAGACAGAGCUCUAUGCGUUUAAGGCCUGGGCUAUAUAGUUCUAUAGACACCCUUCUGAACUUAACCCCAAGAAUCAUGAGUAGCUUGUAGAAGGUCUCAUCCGCCUCUCUCCUCCCAAAUAGGCUGAGCUUUGUCACUGGUUUUCUUCCACAUAAAGUACUUGGAUCUUCAGUUUCAAAAUACAGACAGUAGCUUCAGCUUUUUAUUUUGUUUACUUUUUUCAGAAGUGAUUUUUUUUCUCUCAAUUUUUAAAGAGUAGAAGUAGCCUAUAUUCAGUGUAGAGCAUUAAAGUUCAAGAGGAACUGGAGAGCUAGCUCGGUGAUUGUAAGAGCACUUCCAAGUUUGUUGCCAGCACUCAGAGCAGGCAGUUCAUGCCCACCUGCAACUCCAGCUCUAGGGGAUUUGAUGCCCUCUCUGGCUUCUGGGACCUGCAUACCAUAGUGGCAUCCACAGUCCCAUACACACAUACACAAAGCUAAAUCUUUCUUAAAUGAAUAAAAUUCAGGAUGGACAUCCAAGUAUCAUGGCAUAUGCCUUGAAUCCCAGUGCUAGGGAGUCUGGGAGAGGAGAUUCUGUAAGUUUGAGGCCCAUCUAGGUUACAUAGCAAACCCUCAACUCAAGGAAAAAAGGGAACACUGCUAACAACUUGAAUUACGGGGAAAACGUGCUUUAACCUACACUUGAAUGUGGUAUAGGGCUGCAUCCACAAUAAAUGUAAACCUGCCGUGAGUCUGGGUUGAUGACUAAUCGGCUAGAGGAAAAGCCACAUCAGUUGAUUUUUAACUGGUAAUGGUAUAACAUUUUCCUGCAUCAUUGUAUUUAAUUUCCAUUACUAAUUGGGUUGAAAGUGCAUAGAAUAAUCCUUUGACUUUGCUGAGGUCAUGGAUAAACUUGACAGGUUUAAUUUAUGUUUUUAUUACUAUCUUUGUUACACUUUGGCUCUUACUACUCCUUUGUAUCAAAAGUUUUUCUUAGAAAAUAAUGUGAUUCUGUGUUCACCUUUGUGUCCCUGAAAAAGCACCAAGGGAAGCGUGAUGUCUCUGUGAAGCCUUUAACUCAAGGAUGCAAGCGGUGCCAGGGAGUGUGGUGCUAAGCAGAGUUAAAAGAUAAACUUAGAAAAAGGCCAUUAUAAAGACUUGGGUGUUACCUAUAUACCACCAAAAGUGUCCCUCUUAAGACAAGUACUCUGUAUGGCAGCAGGUGGUUCUAUUUCCUGUAUCCACAGGGAAAGUAGAGGUCACAUAAGGUAUGGCCUGAAAAGGAGACUGCCAGUGACCCUCGUAAUGACAAUCUUGUUCUCUGUUCUUUUGUCUUUAAUAGAAAUGGGUCUGAACAGUGAAAUAGUGUCAAAGUUGAGACGCUUACUGCCUUUUGCAGUUAGCAAACAUUAAUACAGGCUUCUGUGCCAAGUGUUACAACUUAGUGUCACCAGCUCCCUGACAGUAUUCUUCCCGUCACAUCCCUGCGGCCAUGCAUGAGAGCGCUCAGGGACGUGAAGAGGCCGUCGCGUGUCGCAGUGAAUGGCUCCACUGGGAAUUAGCACUAGGAUUCUUGUAGUAGAGCAGGCCAGUUUCUUGAUGGAAUUGGUAGAUCUGCAUGAAGAUGACAGUAGCUUUGACCUUCUUUUUCCUGUGUUACAUGUAGAAAAUGGUUGACAGGUGGUGGUGGCACACGCUUUUAAUGUCAGCACUCCAGAAGGCAGAGGCAGAAGGAUCUCUGUGAGUUUGAGGCCAGCCUGGUCCUCCGAGCAAGUUUCUGGACAUCCAGGGCCACACAGAAAAACCCUGUCUCAAAACAAAGAAACAAACAAAAAGAUGGGGGGGAAUAGAAAAUUAUUAACAGUGUUGGAUCAGAUAUGCAGAGACAGUUGACUCCAGAGGUGGCCACUCCAUUCUGCUCUGGUUUUCUUAUGUGUCUGACUCCACUCUCUCUGCCCCUAUUUUAUUUAGAUAGUUCAGAAAUGGAUCUAUCACAUCUCAGAGGGCUGAAAUAAGAGGAAUCCAUAUACUUCCAAGAUAACUUUGUGCUAGUGAGUUUAUCUUGUCCUAGGGAAUGGGAUUGUGGAGUGGGAGUUAAGACCAUCAAGAACUGGGGCAUCAGCAGGAGAAGAGACACUGUCUGCCCAGUGUUCUAAGCGAGUACAAAAUGACCUGUUGGAGGAGCCCUUCACUUUCAGCUCCCCUUUUGAGAUUCUGAAUGAGUUCUGAAUCAGGUCAGCAGAAGGCUAAACAAUAGAGCUUUAAAGUUCUGAACAAUAACUGAAACAAAACAGUGUAUGGAAGGGUAAGAGGUGCCUGCAAUUUGGACGUUUUAUUACAAUUACAUGUAAUAUGUAACUCCUGUGGAACCAAAUUUAAAGUGCUAUGAGAAAUACACAUACAACACUUGAAAUCAACUACUAGAUAAAAACCACAAGUUUUCAGGCCAAGUAUGAUGGUAUGUGCCUGUGAUUCCAGAACUCUGGAAGCUGAGGCAGGCUUGGGAGUUACUUAGCAAGUACCAGGACACCUGCCCUGGGGGUGGGGUGGGGUGGAGCAACAGUGCAUUCAAAUUAGUAAACAAUGACAGUAGGCUUUGCUUCAGAUAGCUGUCUGCUUCCUACAAUAGUUUAAAUUUUUGGAAUUUGAAGUUUUUAUGUAUUUGUAUAUCCAGUUUAUCAAAACAAGGAUUUGAUAGCUGUCAGCUACUCCAUUGCACCCUCCUUUACGGACUUCCAAAGGUAAUGCCCUCCUAAGAGUCGCCUCAUUGUUUUCUUAGAGAAACCCAACUAGUGAACAUUGAUGUUCAGGGCUGCUGGCUUGCACAGCCUUGGUGCUGGUCACAGAAGUACAAUUCAGAGUUCACCAGAUACUACUGCACUUUGAUUCAUAUCAAAAAUAUUUUCAUUACAAGCUCACAUGCUGUCAUUUAGACAAAAUUAACUUACUGUCAUCUUCUUUGCUAUUCUUAACUUGUGUUUACUGGUCUGGUACUGUCAUUUCAGUGAGAGUCCAGUCUGUUUGCGGACGCAGGUUGUGAUGCCAAUUAGUGAGCAGCCCCUCGGCAGCAAAAUGUGCUCUUCUGUUGGCUUGUUUGCACACAGUGGUGUGUCCUGUUUGUUGCACAUAUUACUACAUUAAUGCAUUUUAAUAAAUUAGUUGG